GAGAAGAGGAGAUGCCCUCUGCGCUUCGGGGCAUUUCUACUCUCUGUUCGUACUCUUGUUCCUUCCUCUCCGAGUACCAGCUCACACCCCGACCUCUUGACAGCAUGCCGCCUAAAAAGAUUGAGCCCAAGAAGCCAGAGCCCAAGAAGCCGGAGCCGAAGAAAGAUGCAGCGCCUGUUGCGAAGCCGGCUGCGGCGUCUGUUGCGAAGCCGGCUCCGGCACAAGAACCGCAGCCGGCACCGCCCCAGGAGCCCGCCUUCGACCCGAAAAGCAUCACCCUCCAGUACACGGCCGACCAGAUCGAGGAGUUCAAAGAGGCCUUCAACUUGUUCGACCGCACACCUACCGGACAGAUGAAGAUCACGUUCGCCCAGUGUGGGGAUGUUAUGCGAGCGCUGGGCCAGAACCCCACCAAUGCAGAUGUGCUGAAGGUCCUGGGGAAACCCCGGCCAGAGGACAUGAACACCAAACUGGUGGACUUCGAGACCUUCCUGCCGAUGCUGCAACACAUCUCUCGCACCAAAGAUCAGGGCAACUUCGAGGAUUUCGUGGAAGGCCUCAGGGUUUUCGACAAGGAGGGAAACGGCACCAUCAUGGGAGCGGAGCUGCGUCACGUGCUGGCGACACUCGGAGAGAGGAUGACGGAGGAUGAAGUGGACAGAUUGUUGUCUGGACAGGAGGAUGCCAAUGGAUGUAUCAAUUACGUCUCCUUUGUUAAACACAUUCUCUCCACCUAAAAAGGACAUCCAGGCACAUGUACUUUGACUUUUGGUUAUUGCAUCCUUGUUAGUCUAUUAGAGGUGAGGUUGUCAUUUCCUCAGUGACAUUAUUUACAUCUUGUCAAGUAGUCAGGGCCGAAAAUUGAAAAAGGCCCUUAGAAAACAACAUGGUAGGCAUUUUUGAGGAAAAGCACUUUGUCUAUUGUUUCUGUAUGAUUUUUUUGUGCUGAAUCCAUUUCUGCCGUAUGCUAAGCUGUCAAAGUUAUGUUUAUGUUAAGUUUAUGUGAUCUGGUAUUCCUAGGUGUCACAGAGUUAAUACAAAUAAAAAUAACAUAGGCGAAAAUUGUGAAAAAUUUACAUUCUCUGGGGUUUCUGGAGCUCUAUUGACCUUCAAGUAUGUCAGAAAAGUUCAACUUUAGGUUUGAAAGACAGCUAUAAAUGUCCCCUUUAAAAUGAUACCAAACACAGUAUUAUUGGAACUUAGGAAUUGCUUGAUCUAUGAGCCUAAACCCGGAUAGGCAACAGCGUUUACAGUCCAAUUUACCAUAUGGGGCGGCCAUCUUGAAUGUGGGAAUAUAGAAAACCAGGGGUCUCAUUUUUUUGGCAUACGGUGGAUUCUGGUUUGGGACACAUUGAUCUUUCAAAAAAUGCUGUAUGCCAUCUUUUCCUCAAAAAUGCCUACAGGGUUACAUGAUUCUGAAGUUACAGCCCAGUCUAAGGGGACUGAGUGAAAAAUGCUGAGUGCAAAACCUAGAAAGACGAGAUGAAAGCAGUCAAAUGUAUUAAUAAAGGACAUGUGAUUACCAA